AUGGGUCGAGCCGAGCACCUCAUGGAUCUUGCGAAGCGAAUGCAUCAUGAGGAGCUGGAAGCCAUGGCAGCUGUGCGGCAGAUGGAAGCGCAAGCGAAACAUGACCUGCAAGUGGCCUACAAUGAAAAGGAUACCGCCACGCAAGAAGCAUCAACCGUUCACCAGGCAAGCACGAAGAUCCGAGCUCUCGAGAACGAGAAGACUCGUCAGAUUGCCGUUGCCAAGCAAGAGGCAGCAAAUGCCCAGCAGAUUGCAGCCAGCGCUGCUGCGGAGAAGCGCCAUGCGGAUGCAGAAAUUGCCUCUGUCGCGGGCAUGGUUCAACAGGGCAGGGCGGCGGAAGCCAAAGGCGAGCAGAUGAUGAAGGAAGCCAGCCAACAGCAGGCUCACCUUACAGCGGUUCAGAAGGAGGCCGACAAGGCAAAGGCAGCAGCUGAGGCAAGCUUACAGAAGGCCCAACAGAUGGAGCAGGAAGAAAAAGCGAAGGCAGCAGAGGAGCAGCAGGCCAUUCAGGAGGCUCAACAAGCCAAAGACCGAGCGAACAGCGAUGCAGAUGCAAUGGAAGAGCAUUUGGACAUUAAGGAAAAUCGUUACCUCAAGCUAGGCUUGCUCUUGGCAACGAUUCUUGCCUGGGCUGCCUUCAUUGCCUUGAUUUGGUCGCGGUACAAGCACCAGGAGCUGCACGACCACCAUCUUAACAUGAUUGUCCGCUUGAAUGGCGACAAGAUGGAGUGUCAGGAGUUGCUGCACGAGACCCUUGAGCGCAUGAGGCAGCCCAGCGUGCAGUCGAACCAGGAGCCACACACGCUCAGCCAGCCUUUGCUCGGGGAGUGCAACAUGGAUCCGAGCCCUCCGACACCCAACAAGGGUGGAUGA